AAAGUCGAGAGGGGCAGGCCACGCCUAAGGUGGUGAAUACCGAGUGGUCUCAGUGCGAUUUCUUUUUAAUAAAGCGCAUGCAGUGCAGAAUCUGGAGAUGCACUUCCCCUCUAAGCUGCACUCACUGCUUCAAUAAAAUCCUCUUUGUCUCUCUUUUUCUCUUUCAGUUGCAGAGUCCAGUUCAGAGAGAAAGAUAUGGGUUUCUUGAGCCUCAUUUGCCCUAACUCUCCAUACAGGGUAGUGGUUCGACUUGGGACGAAGGAACUGUAAUUAUUGGGACUGGGGUUUUUGUUAUUCCGGACUCGAUGAUGAAACUUGGUGUCUGCCGUUCUGAGCUUUUGAAAUAGGACGGCGGUAAUUGCAGCAGUACAAUCUAACGCUGCGACACGACUCUUUACUAUUCUCUUUGAAGCCAAGAGGAUCAAAAUUUUAUAUGCUGGCUUAUUGAGAAACUGUGUGCGGAAAUCAAAUAAAAUAAAAGGACUAAACGCCCGACGAUUUUGAUUUGUAAUUUCGUAUAAUUUGGGAUAAACAGGGUAGCCAACUUCACUGAAGUGAGCCCAGUCUAAUUACUAGAAUUUAGAGCUAAAUGCCCCUGUGGUUCCGUUCGAUAACAUGAGAUCCAGAAACCAAUUCUUUGGUUUGGUAUGUUCUGCAGGUUUGGGAUGGAAACGGAUUCUCAGAGUGCUUCAGCAACAUCAUGCUAGGUUUUGGAUCCAGCAUGCUGACUCUGAUCAUCAUCAUCGGACUAGGAAUUACUAACAGGACUGCAAAAGGAAUUGCCCAGAUAUACCUUUUAGAGAAAGUUUCUCUGCGUCUUUUGCCUGCUAUUGGAGCAAGCAUGGCUUUUUAUGAGCUGGCUAUGCUUUUGAGGGAAGAACUGUAUGAUUACGGUACUCUGUAUCAUGAAUGGCUUUUUAGAGGUUCUCAAUUUUUGAUGUGGGCAAGCAUUCUGCUGAUCUCAAAUUGUGACAACUGGUUUCUUAUUUUGUGUAACUGGAUCUUGUGCUUUUGGUGGGUCAUGAAGCCAUUAUUGGGAGUUCCUGAUCUGAAAACAGCUUUUUCUUCACAGGAGGUUGUAAAAUGUCUCAAAGAGAGUUGUUUUAUUUUGGUGGAUGUCAUGUUUGGAAUCUGUAUUAACGUAAUCAGAAUAAAGAGGACUUCUCCCAGAAGCAGGAAACACAAUUCUGUGGAUGAGCCACUUCUCUCAUGUGGAGUUGACAUUGAAGAAGGUUUCAAGGACUCUAGGGCAGUUGAUCAUGGCAUUUGGCAUCUCAUGACAUUUAAAUCUAUCAAUUCAACAAUGGAACAAGGUGUCAUAAAGCAGCUUGAUUUUGAAGAUUUGCUUCAGCUACCUAGUGAUAUGGAUCCCUCUUCCUGUCUUGAUACGCUUCUAAGCUGUUGGCAAACUCAGCAAAGAAAUAACUGCUCUAAUCUUUCCUUCUUUAAAGUGAUUUUCACUGCGUAUGGAUGGCCAUAUCUACGUCUUGGUAUGCUAAAGGUGCUUAAUGAUUGUAUUGGUUUUGUGGGACCACUGCUUCUCAAUAAGCUGAUUCAAUUCCUUCAGCAAGGUUCUUGGAGUUUUGAUGGUUAUAUCUUAGCAAUUUCUUUGGGUCUUACAUCUAUUUUAAAGUCCUUCCUUGAUACACAAUAUACUUUUCAUCUUGCCAGACUAAAAUUGAAGCUAAGAUCUGGUAUUAUGGCUGUUAUUUAUAGAAAGUGCUUACAUGUCAGCAUGGCAGAACGAUCAAAGUUUUCUGAAGGGGAAAUUCAGACGUUCAUGUCUGUAGAUGCUGAUCGAGUGGUCAAUCUGUUCAAUAGUUUUCAUGAUACAUGGAGCUUGCCUUUUCAAAUCGGAGUUGCAUUGUACCUAUUGUAUACACAGGUCAAGUACGCUUUUCUAUCUGGAAUGGCAAUAACCAUCUUGUUAAUACCAGUGAACAAAUGGAUUGCUAAACUCAUUGCCAGUGCCACGACCAAAAUGAUGGAGCAAAAAGAUGAGAGGAUUAGAAGGACAGGAGAAAUUCUGACGCAUAUUCGCACUCUGAAAAUGUAUGCAUGGGAGCUUCUUUUUGUUAAUUGGUUGAUGGAGACACGUUCAUUGGAAGUCAAAUAUCUAUCGACACGAAAAUACCUGGAUGCUUGGUGUGUAUUCUUUUGGGCAACAACACCAACACUUUUUUCUUUGUUCACAUUUGGUCUCUAUUCAUUGACAUCUCAUCAACUUGAUGCUGCAACGGUUUUCACUUGUCUUGCUCUGUUUAAUAGUUUGAUCUCUCCACUUAAUUCAUUCCCUUGGGUCAUUAACGGGUUAAUUGAUGGCAUUAUAUCUACCAGGCGGUUGAACAGGUUUCUCUCCUGCUCUGAGCAUGAAUCUCAGCUAGAACAGACAGGCAUAUCUUCAUCAUCCUCUUGCUCUGGAGGCCACUCUGAUAUGGUUGUUUCCAUUCACGAUGUGUGUUGUACAUGGUCAAGUAGUGAUAAGCUUGAACAGAAUCUGAUACUGGAUCAUGUGACUCUAAACCUCCCAAGAGGCUCUUUGGUUGCUGUUAUUGGAGAGGUUGGUUCGGGUAAAUCAUCCCUUCUAAAUUUGAUUCUUGGAGAAAUGAGGCUCAUCAAUGGAUCAAUAAAUUCAAGUGGAUCCAUUGCAUAUGUACCACAGGUCCCAUGGAUUCUUUCAGGAACACUCCGUGAUAAUAUUUUGUUUGGGAAGGAUUACAAUCCAACAAGAUACUCAGAUGUAUUACAAGCAUGUGCACUUAAAAUCGAUAUUUCCCAAAUGGUUGGGGGUGAUAUGGCUUAUAUUGGUGAGCGAGGAGUCAAUUUAUCUGGUGGACAGAGAGCUCGUCUUGCUCUGGCUAGAGCUAUCUAUCAUGGCCCUGAUAUUAUCUUGCUAGAUGACGUCCUUAGUUCAGUUGAUCCACAAGUUGCUUGCUGGAUUCUAUAUGAAGCCAUUCUUGGUCCUCUUAUGAGCGAACAGACUCGCAUUCUUUGUACUCAUAACAUCCAGGCAAUAUCUUCUGCCGAUCUUGUAGUUGUAAUGGAUAAGGGACAUGUGAAGUGGGUGGGACAUUCAUCUGAGUUUUCACCUUCAUCCUUAGGAUUCUCAUCAGUAAAAGAAAUCAAUAUAUCACCUCUAAUUCUGACCCAAGAACAAAGCAGAAAUACUUUCAGAGAAGCCAAAGAAAAUUCUAAUCCAGAGAGUGAUUGUAUACUUGUUUCUGAGGGAGCAGAACAGGUCAUUGUGGAGCUAAGGAAAGAGGGCAGAGUGGAACUUGCAGUAUACAGACACUAUGCUGCAUUAGCUGGUUGGUUUAUUACAAUUGUGACAUGUCUUUCAGCAAUUUUGAUGCAAGCUUCUCGCAAUGGAAAUGAUCUGUGGUUGUCAUAUUGGGUUGAUACAUCUGGAAGCAAUCAAAAUGGCCAUCCCAUUCUCUUUUAUCUGGCUGUACUCUGCAUCUUCUGUCUUGUCAAUUCCUUGCUAACAGUAACAAGGGCAUUCUCAUUUGCAUUCGGAGGUCUACGUGCUGCUAUUCAGGUGCAUGAUAAACUGCUAAAGAAUCUUAUAGAUGCACCUAUUGACUUCUUCAAUCAGACACCAAGUGGAAGAAUUCUUAACAGGUUGUCUUCAGAUCUUUAUACCAUUGAUGAUGCUCUUCCAUUCAUUCUCAACAUUCUCCUAGCUAAUUUUGUUGGCCUUUUGGGGAUUGUUGUUGUUUUGUCUUAUGUACAGGUCAUGUUUUUGCUUCUUUUACUUCCAUUUUGGUAUAUCUACAGUAAAUUACAGUUCUACUACAGGUCAACAUCGCGUGAAUUACGGAGGCUAGAUAGUGUAUCCCGUUCACCUAUUUAUUCAUCAUUUACAGAGACACUAGAUGGAUCAUCAACUAUAAGGGCAUUCAAGUCGAAGGACUUUUUUAUAGCCAGGUUUAUUGAGAAUGCAACAUUGUAUCAGCGGACUUCAUACUCAGAGAUAAUAGCUAGUUUGUGGCUGUCCCUGCGCCUUCAGCUGUUAGCAGCGUUUGUUGUCUCAUUUGUUGCGGUUAUGGCUGUUAUUGGAUCUCAAGGCAUUCUCCCUGUUAAUAUGGGUACCCCAGGGUUGGUAGGAUUGGCUCUUUCUUAUGCAGCUCCAAUUGUGUCUUUGCUGGGAAGCUUUUUAACGAGUUUCAGCGAAACCGAGAAGGAAAUGGUUUCUGUUGAGAGAGUUCUUCAGUAUAUGGAUAUCCCUCAAGAAGAACCGCAUGGAAGCCAACAACUAGAACCAGAUUGGCCACUUCAUGGAUGGAUUGAGUUUCAGAAUGUAACUCUGAGGUAUAUGCCAUCUUUGCCUCCUGCAUUGCAAGACCUCAGUUUCAUCAUUGCUGGGGGCACACAGGUUGGGAUUGUUGGAAGGACAGGUGCAGGAAAAUCUAGUGUCUUAAAUGCCAUUUUCCGUCUGAAUCCUAUAUGUCAAGGAUGUAUUUUGGUGGAUGGCAUAAACAUAGCUAACAUUUCUCUGAGAUAUCUUCGCUCGCAUUUUGCUAUUGUGCCCCAGAGUCCAUUCUUAUUUGAAGGAUCCUUAAGGGCAAAUCUAGACCCACUUGGAGUGACUGAUGAUCUUAAAAUUUGGAAGGCUCUAGAAAAAUGUCAUGUCAAAGAAGAAGUGGCAGCAGCAGGAGGAUUAGACAUGCAUGUGAAAGAAUCUGGAGCAUCAUUUUCUGUUGGUCAACAACAGCUUCUUUGCCUUGCACGGGCACUUCUCAAGUCUUCUAAGGUACUUUGUUUGGACGAAUGCACAGCCAAUGUAGACACUCAAACAGCUAGAAAACUUCAAAGUGCCAUUGCUAGUGAAUGCAGAGGAAUUACAGUGAUCACAAUUGCUCAUCGUAUUUCCACAGUUAUGAACAUGGACAAUAUCCUGAUUCUUGAUCAAGGAAUCCUGGUGGAACAAGGAAAUCCUCAGUCUCUUCUGCAAGAUGCACAAUCCAGAUUUUCAAGCUUCGCUAAAGCCUCUGCAAUGUGAAAGCUAAGAAAAUACCACCAUGCCAGGAUGAUACCUGAGAGACCUUUGAUUAGAAACUAAGUCUUAGACUUUGGCUAGACAGUUGUUAUCUGAUCUAUUUCAGAUUGUCAUGAUUUCUUUAUUUCCGAACUCAGUUGUUAUGAUUUUAGUGACACACCAGGACCGUUUGCUUGAUCAUAAUAUAAAUGAAUUUGCCCCAAGUGGCAUCUUCAUUA